AUGAAGCACACGAAACGCUACCUGGUCGGUGUGUCGGCCCUGCUCGUACUGGUCGUUGGCGGUGGUGUCGCACUCGGCAGGGCACUGAACAAAGAUGACGAUCUGAUGGAGGAUACGACACCGAAGACGAUGGAUGUCAUACUGACGGAGAUACGGAGUCUGAUGCAGGACUACUCGAUCGAGGCAUACAUCAUACCGUCGGUCGACGCCCACAAUAGUGAGUACAUCUCGCUGCACGACCGCCGGUACCAGUACGUGACCAACUUUACCGGGUCGGCCGGUACGGCGAUUAUAACGCUCAGCAAGGCCGCCUUCUGGACGGACUCGCGCUACCAUCUGCAGGCGGAGAGCGAGAUCGACCCGACGUACUGGACGCUGAUGCGGGAAGGUCUCGCCGGUGUACCGACGCGGGACGAGUGGCUGCUGAGCAACCUGUCGCCGGGCGCCCAGGUCGGUACCGAUCCGUUUCUGAUCGCGUCGACGGAGUACGAGCGGCUGGGCGCGGUACUUGCCCAACACGGCUACCGACUGAUCACGCUCGAGCGCAACCUGGUCGACAUCGUGUGGAACAAUCGGCCGCCGCAAACGUCGGAAGAUUUGCGCCCGCUGGCGCUCACCUACACCGGGCAGCGUGCGUCCGAGAAGGUGCAGGCCCUGCGGGUCAUCCUGCAGGAGAACAGUGCGAACGCGAUCGUCAUCAGUGCGCUGGACGAGAUAGCAUGGUUGCUGAAUCUCCGCGGUUCCGACAUCCUGUACAAUCCCGUGUUCUUCGCGUACGCGAUCGUGUCGCACGGCAAUCUGCAUCUGUUCACCAAUCCGGACCGCAUCAACGACACGAUUCGGGACCACCUGAGGGCGGAGGGUAUCGUGGUGGAUGUGCGGGACUACCGGGACAUCCUCGCCGGGAUUGAGGAGUACGUGCGGGGCGGCAACCGGCUGAUAGUGUCCACCGCCUGCAGCCAGGCACUGUACGCCGCCAUCCCGGCCGACCAGCGCAUCCAGCUGUACAGCGUGGUGGCGAAGCUGAAGGCGGUCAAGAACCCGGUCGAAGCGACCGGCAUGCGGAGGGCCCACAUCCGGGACGGUGCGGCGGUGGUACGCUACCUCCACUGGCUGGAGCGGACGGUCGACAGUGGCAACGUGACGGAGCUGUCCGGUGCGGCGAAGCUGCACGAGUUCCGCAGCGUGCAGGACAUGUUCGUCGAGCUGAGCUUCACCGCCAUCAGCGCGUUCGGGCCGAACGGUGCGAUCGUCCAUUACAGCCCGAGCGAGGAGACGGACCUACCGAUCACCCGGGACGGCAUCUAUCUGAUCGAUUCCGGCGGUCAAUAUCUCGACGGCACGACGGACGUCACGCGCUCGGUCCAUCUCGGCGAACCGACCGACUUCCAGCGCGAAUGUUUCACCCGCGUGCUGAAGGGUUUCCUCAGCCUCGGCACCGCCGUCUUUCCGGUGCGCGCGUCCGGCACCGUGUUCGAUGUGCUCGCGCGCAAAGCGCUGUGGGACGUUGGGCUUGACUACGGUCACGGUACCGGCCACGGUAUUGGGUCGUUUCUCGGCGUGCACGAGUAUCCACCGUCGUUCGUCUCCAACAGCGCGUCGCCGAGCAAUCAGGGCGUGGUGGAGAACAUGUUCUCGUCCAACGAGCCCGGCUACUACCAGCCGGGUGAGUUCGGCGUACGCAUCGAGGACAUUGUGCAGGUGGUGAAAGCGUCCGUACCGUACGAUUUUAACGGACGCGGUGCGCUCACGUUCUACACGAACACGCUCGUACCGAUCCAGCAGCGGCUGAUCGAUCUGACGCUACUGUCCGCGACCGAAAUUGCACAGCUCAAUGCGUACCAUCGGCGGGUGCUGGACGAGGUCGGGCCGCUACUGUUGCAGCAGGACGACCCAGAUGCCUUCCAGUGGCUUACCGACGCCACCAAAGAAAUAGUGGCGAAUUAA